AUGGCAGAAGCACUUCUGACUGAAAUUGUGAAGAAGUUGGGUUCCGCUCUUCUCCAAGAGAUGGGACUUGUGUGGGGCAUGAAGGAUGAACUUGACAAACUCAGAAACACGGUUUCCACAAUCGGAGCAGUACUUGCCGAUGCAGAGGAGCAGCAACUCACAAACCAUGAGAUUGAAGACUGGCUCGAAAAACUCAAUGAUGCAUUUCUUGAUGCUGAUGACUUGCUCGAUGACAUCUCCACCCAACUUCUCUGCCGUCAGGCUAUGACACACAACACGAGGCUAAAGAAGGUACGCCAUUUUUUCUCUAGCUUAAACAAGCUUCCUUUCAGUAGUAAGUUGGCUCAUGAGAUUAAGGCCAUUAGGGAGAGACUAGAUGCGAUUGCCGAAGAUAAGAAAAAGUUUCACCUCACUGAACGGCCUAUAAAUCAGAUGCGAGUUGAGAAUAUUAAGAGAGAGGAGACUUACUCUUUUGUUCGUGCAGAAAGUGUUAUUGGGAGGGAUGGUGAUAAAAUGGCAAUUGUACAGCUUUUAUUGGAAAGCAACGUUCAGGAACAGAAUGUGUCAGUUGUUGCAGUAGUUGGAAUUGGGGGAAUGGGAAAGACCGCACUUGCACAAUUAGUAUAUAAUGAUGAGAGGGUCACUAAACAUUUUGAUCUUAAGACGUGGGUUUGUGUUUCUAACAUCUUUGAUGCGAAGGUCAUUGCAGAAAAGAUAAUAGGAGACCAAACACCUGAAAAUCUUUUGUUGGAUAAAUUGCAAGAAAAAAUUGGUGAGAAGAAAUUUUUGUUUGUGUUGGAUGAUGUGUGGAACGAGAAUCGUGACAAAUGGUUACAAAUGAUAGAUUUGCUAAUGGGUGGUAUGAGAGGAAGUAAAAUUUUAUUGACUACUCGUUCUGAGUUGGUUGCAAAUGUUUCAGGGUCAAAUUCACCAUAUUUUUUAAAAGGCUUGUCUGAGGAGGAGUCCUGGUCUUUAUUUGAAAAAAUGGCAUUCAAAGAAAGUAAAGAGUCAGAGAAUACAUUUCAAGUAACAAUAGGCAAGGAAAUUGUUCGGAAGUGUAAAGGAGUCCCUCUUGCCAUAAGGGCUGUAGGUAGCCUACUAUACAUUAAAGAUACAAUGGAUGAGUGGGAGCUUUUUAAAAACAACGAUUUGUCAAAAAUAGUCGAAGAAGAAGAUGUUAUUUUUCCAAUACUGAAGUUAAGUUAUGAUUAUCUUCCUUCACAUCUGAAGAGUUGUUUUGCAUUCUGUUCCUUGUAUUUAAAAGAUCAAAUUAUUGAUAAGCAAAAAUUGAUCCAAUUGUGGAUUGCAGAGGGAUUCAUUCGAGGGCCGGUGUAUGAAAAUCAGCAGUUGGAGGAUGUUGGUGACUUGUAUUUUAUGGAUUUACUUAGGAGGUCCCUUUUUCAAGAUGUCCAAAGAGAGGAAUGGGGUGAUGUAAUAAGUUGCAAAAUGCAUGAUCUUGUUCACGAUCUUGCGCAAUUGGUUGCGAAGGCCAAAUUUUUCAUGGUGAAUUUGGAUGUAGAAAUUGUUGAUGAAAAAAUUCGUCACGUGUCACUUGAUUCCCGUGUAAAUUUAUCACAACAAAUUUCAACCCACUUGGUUAAAGCUAACAAGUUACGAACAAUUUUUUGGAAUCAUGGAAAGGUUGAAAUUUUUAAUAAAUUAGCUUGUGAAAGAAUUGUCUCAACUUUUAAAAGGUUACGUGUAUUGGAAUUGUAUUCCUUGAGAAUUGAGAUUGUGCCGAGUUACAUAGGCAAGUUAAAACAUUUAAGGUAUCUUGAUCUCAGUAAAAAUUGGGGUAUACAGACUCUGCCAAGUUCCAUAACCACAUUGCAAAAUUUGCUGACCUUAAAACUCAAUGAAUGUUGGCGUCUUAAAGAAUUGCCAAGUGAUUUUAAGAAAUUGGUCGGUCUUAGAGAUCUUGAACUCAAUGGAUGUCGGUCUCUUAAAGAAUUGCCAAGUGAUUUUAAGAAAUUGGUCAGUCUUAGACAUGUUGAACUCGACGACUGUUAUGCAUUGACUUGCAUGCCUAAUGGAUUGGGUGAGUUGACGUCUCUUUUGAAAUUAACGUUGUUUGUAGUAGGGUCAAAUGGCCGAUUGAAUGAAUUGCAAAGCCUAAACAAUUUACGGGGAAAGUUAAAAGUUGUUGGACGUGGGGACUGCUCAUCUGGCCGCAAUUGUUUAAAAACAACAUCAAGAAAUGGCCUAAGCUGGACAUUAGAGUUUCAACUUUGGAGAAGGGAAGGAGAUAUUGAGGAGGGGUUAUUGUUGGAAGGCCUACGGCCACACCUGAAUCUAAAGAAGCUGAAAUUAUUUAGUUAUAUGGGAGUGAGUUUCCCAAGUUGGAUGAUGGUUGACAAAAUUGGCUUAUCCCUCCCAAAUCUCGUCAGAAUUCAUAUAGACAGAUGUCACGGAUGGAAACAUCUGCCACCAUUUGGGCAACUUCCUUCUCUCCAAUUUCUUGGGGUUGAAGAAAUGGAUUCCCUAGAGUACAUAGACGAAGAGAAGCAACACCAACAUGAAAAUUCCUGCUUCUCUUCUUUACCCUCCUCAUCGAGUAGAGCAGCAGCAAGAAGAAGAGAACCAACACCAACAUCAAUAUUCUUCCCAUCCCUGAAAGAACUCGAAUUGGUUACCUUGGUUAAAUUGAAAGGAUGGUGGAUGAGUACUAGUGAAGCAGAAGAAAAAGCAACAGCAACCACAACUUCUUCACCAGCCCAACAGCAAUAUCAUCAGCUCCCAUCAUUUCCUUCUCUUUCCAAAUUAACCAUCCGUUACUGCUGUAAUCUGGCAUCAGUGCCUCUUCUGCAACCAUGUCUUGAAACACUAGAUCUCUGUGGGGUCAACAACAAUCUAGUACAACAGUUAAUGAUGAUGGUGUCCUCAACAACAGUCGAAGCGUCGUCCUCUUCAUAUUCUUUGCUUCUUCCUCUUUCCAAUUUAAAGUCUCUGUCUUUAAGAUUCAUUGAGGAUCUAGUUAAUCUGCCUGAGGAGCCGUUUCGAAGCCUCACUUCUCUCCAGAAGCUUGAGAUUUCGAGUUGUGGAGAACUAACCUCUCUGUCAGGAGGACUGCGACAUCUCACCGCCCUCCAUUCCUUGUCUAUCAGCCUCUGCCAUGAGCUUGAUCUGUUAGAUGAUGAUGACGGCAUGCAAUUUCAAGGCCUCAAGAACCUCACGCAUCUCCUUAUCAAACGUGUUCCAAAGUUGGUAUCUCUUCCUGUGGGACUUCAACAUGUUACGACUCUGCAAAAACUCGACAUUUUGUCAUGCCAUGAAGUUUUAUCUGAUAGAUGCCAGAAAGAAACAGGGAAAGAUUGGCCAAAGAUUGCUCACAUCCCAAUUGUUUCUCUUGAUCCAUAUCCUUCUUUUUGGAUAGACGACUUUGAUUUGUUCCAUUCUACGCUAUCCACUCCUGAUGAUCCUUCUCCUUAUCUUUCUCCGGCCUACGAUGACGACUCAUUGUAAUAAGUAUACAAGAUUGCACAUUUCAUUUUACAAAUUGCAAGUACAACAACUUAGGAAUGUCCGCAUGUGUUAUGGGGCACAUUUGUUUUACAGUCUUAUUCGUUUUCCUCUCCAUGUGUUUAAUCUUGAAGCAGAACAUGCUCUCUCUCUAUGAGCCAAAAAAAAAAUGAUUGGAUAGAUGAGUAGUCGUCUUUUACACUGCGGUGACAAGUGUGAGAAUGCCGUUUCAAGCCUGCUUGGUGCAAAAUAAUGCCAAAGUUCAGUUUUGUCUGGUCUUUUCUCCCAUCAUCACCCUGAAUAAGGUAACCAGGCCUAGUUAAUGCCAAAGUGAUUUUACUUAAUAUUAGGUUUAUUACCACUGAAAGAUGGAGUAGAGAUAUGACAAAUAUGAAUAUUACUUGCUAAUAUGGUUCUAACUCGUGGAUGAGACUGCAGAUUCCGAUGGCUGUGUUUGCAAUUAUUCCCUAACAAGGGAAGUAAAUAACAUGUAAAAGGUUACUUUUUACUUAGUAUUGUACAGUACAAAUUAGUGGUUUUAUAUUUUACUCCCUUAAAAUUCCCUUAUCUAAAUACCUAGUAUCAUUUAGAGAAUGACAACAUUUUUGUUUUAAGAAGAUGUCUUCAGUGUCUAAAAAUGUUAAAUCUUUAUUUAAUUUCUCAACAAUUCACUGCGUUAUAUUUUAUUUAUCUCUAUGCUUUAAUACAAAUUUUUCUUUGCAGAACAUCUAACAAUUCACUAGUUCCGGUAGUGAGAUUCAUAUUUUUGUGAGUCCGUAAAACUUGAGAACUUCGUGUGCACUACAUUGGGUAUGACACUAAAUGGAUGGACAUAUUUCUGCUUCUAGAUUGCGCUAUUAUUGUGUUGCGAUGGAUCUUGAAUGCUUAGUUGAAAUGAUUUUAGAAUCCUGUCAUGGAGCAUGCAGGUUCACAGGAUGAAAACUCAGAGGCAGCAGCAGUUGCUAGGGGAAUGUGAAUCUACGUGUAUAUAAACGCUGGUUCAUCAAGAAUAAAAAAGAAUAACACUCUACAUUGUUGAUUAAGUUGUGCAAUUAUUUGUUCAGUUGCAAAGUUGGAUUUGAGAAUUUUCAAUUACUUGGAUUUGAUCAAAAAAGUUGGAUUUGAGAAUUUUCAAUUACUUGGAUUUGAUCAAAAAAAUUAUACUUUUGUGUUUUAUAGAAUCUUAUCAUGCCAAUAGGCCAUUUGGGAUUGUAUGAAAUUGGAGUAUUUGUGGUGUAAUGUACUUCUGGAGGAAUAUAUGUAUAUACAUUUGUUUUAAGUCUAAAGCUACUCAACUAACUCAUUCCUCAGCCUAAACAAAACCCUACUUUUGAAUUUAGAAGAUAGUGUCGAGCCCAGUAGCACAGGCUUGUGACCAAGCGAGGCAUUAAAGUGGUUGGAUGUCGAAUGGUGCACACCCAACCCACCAUGGGUUCGGUAGCAAUCAACUCUCAUGAAUCUCUAGAGAACUAGAUACAUGAAUUGUUAAAAAAAAAAAAAAUUAGAAGACAGUGGGUACUUCACGAGCUACACUUAUUAUUAUUAUUAUUU